AUGGCCGGCGACAAAGCGCCUGCUGCUCUGCUCCCUACCGUGCCCACCACGGAGCAGAUCGCCAUGAAGCUUGCCCCCGCUACCCACGACGAGACUUCUCUCCGCGGCGACAUCACGCAUACGACCACCGAGCGGUCCGUCCGGAUGGUUCUGUGGUAUUCGAACGACGAGCCGCCUCUCAUGAGGAUGGUUCCAAUCGACGUGUUUGAUAACAUUGCCCCCGCCAACCUCCAGUGGGUCGUCGACGCAUGCGGCGGGCCAGCCGCGUUCUGGUGCGAGGUAUGGAAAAUGGCCGAUGCCGACUGGAGGGUCCACAUUCUCCAGCACGACACGUUGGCAGUUGAAGACACCCGCGUUGCGGUGCUGGUCCGAGGUGGUGGCGUCGAAUGUUGCAUCAACAUUGGCGUCGAACUAGAGCUCUUCAGUCAAAUGCUCAGUAAGGACGUCGAGAGUUCGCUCGGCCGCUCUUUGCGACACAACCAUCCCAUCUGCGGACCGGGGGCCGUUGUGUAUAUCUGGACAAAGGACGGCGACGAACCGGCCGUCUUCAACGUCCCGCUGGAAAGCGACGGUACGGUCCUCAUCACCUCUUGUGCUCCUGCUAGCGCAUUGUGGCGCAACCCCGAGGACCUGCAAGGAGACCUGACGCCGAUCAACGUCGCGACGUGGGACGUCGAACAAACCGAAUGGUGCCUGCGUCGCCUGGGGGACUCAUUCGCGGUCGCCGCCGCACACCGCACGCUCCUCAUCAAGAAGACCGAAACGACAAACACCGUCGGUCUAGGCGACGUACUGGCACGACUGGAUAAGGCUGUACGGGACCACGCGCAGGAGUCACGGGAGAAGCUGGGGCCCUUCAGCGCCGCAAAGAACGCGGCACAGGAAGCCAUAUCUCUCCGACUGCGCAUCUUGACCGCUGGCGCGCCUCACACGGCGGUGAAGGCUCGCGCGAAGACAUGCACAAGCAAGCACGACGAAUGCACCACCUAUAGCGCCCCUACGGCCAGGAAGGGUCGAGCGAGCAUGGGGGGGAGCCAUGGCGGCGUGGCCGAGUCUUCGGGCAGCACCAGUGCUAUUCGGAGGCGUGACUCGCAGGACGAGAGCCAAGCUCCGCGUAAGCGACGCCGCACAUCUGACCCAGGCCCUCGGCGAACGUCAAUGGACGCGAAUAAGGGCGAGUAG